AUGGUCAUCGCCGACUGCGACAAUCAUCGUAUCGUUCAAUGGAAGAUGGGUGAUAAGAAUGGACAAAUUGUAGCUGGUGGCAAUGGCCGAGGAAAUCGAUUGAAACAAUUGAAUUGUCCAAUUGAUGUAUUGGUCGACAAAGAGACGAAUAGUCUCAUUAUUUGUGAUUUGUGGAAUCAACGAGUCGUACUAUGGUCUCGCCGUAGUGGCACAACUCAAGGAGAAAGUCUCAUCAACAACCUCAGUUGUUAUGGAUUGGCCAUAGAUGAUCAGAGAUAUCUCUACAUAUCUGACUACAAAAAACAUGAAGUAAGACGAUAUCAAAUAGGUCACGAGAAUGGAACUAUUGUGGCUGGUGACAAUGGCAUAGAUAAUGGUCUCAAUCAACUCAACUCUCCGACCUACAUCUUUGUCGAUCAACAACAGACUGUCUACGUGUCAGACUCCUCGAAUAAUCGUGUAAUGAAAUGGAAUAAAGGUGCAAAGGAGGGAAUUGUCGUUGCUGGAGGUCAAGGCAAAGGGAAGGCUCUAACACAAUUGUCGAAUCCUAGCGGAGUGUUCGUUGAUACGUCGGGUACCAUCUAUGUGGCAGAUUCGGGGAAUGCUCGAGUGAUGCGUUGGCUUAAAGGAGCGAAACAGGGCGCUGUCAUUGUGGGUGAAAAUGAUCGAAAAGAAGGAACAAAUCAAUUCAACCAUCUCGGAGGUUUGUCCUUCGAUCGACAUGGCAAUCUCUAUGUUGUCGAUACUUGGAAUAAUCGUGUUCAACGUUUUUCAAUCGAAUAA